UAUUGCUAAAGCCAGCGUGUUGUGUUCGGUUGUGCUACUCGCUGUGUCCUCUUCAGGUGUUUCUGAGAAAGGAUAGUCUUUCAUUGUCAUCAUGAAAACAAGAUUUAAUACCGUGGAUAUCAGGGCAGUCAUUGCCGAGAUAAAUGCCAAUUACCUUGGUAUGCGGGUCAACAACGUGUAUGACAUCGACACCAAGACCUAUCUCAUCCGUCUUCAAAAGCCUGAUACUAAAGCAGUUCUGCUAGUUGAAUCAGGACUCCGCAUUCACUCUACAGACUUUGAGUGGCCCAAAAAUGUCAUGCCUUCUGGCUUUGCCAUGAAAUGUCGGAAACAUCUAAAGUCUAGGCGGCUGACACAGGUCAAGCAACUUGGGGUGGACAGGAUUGUCGACAUCCAGUUUGGCUCAGAUGAAGCUGCUUACCACCUGAUAGUUGAACUCUACGACAGGGGUAACAUUAUCCUGGCAGACCACGAGUACACCAUUCUUAACUUGCUGCGUUUCCGGACGGCAGAAGGAGAGGAGGACGUGAAGAUAGCGGUGAGGGAGAGGUACCCUGUGGAGAAUGCCAGGCCCCCGGAACCCCUCAUCAGCCUGGAGAGACUCACCAAAGUCCUGACCGAGGCACAGAGCGGAGAACAAGUGAAAAGGGUCCUCAAUCCCCACCUUCCGUAUGGAGCCACUCUUAUUGAGCACUGUCUGAUGGAAGUGGGACUCUCUGGCUUCAUCAAGGUGGACACCCAGUUUAAUGCUGCGCGAGAUGCACCCAAAAUCCUUGAAGCCCUGAAAAUGGCAGAGGAAUAUAUGGAGAAAACGUCAAGCUUCAGUGGAAAGGGCUACAUCAUCCAAAAAUGUGAGAAGAAACCAAAUUUGGCUCCUGACAAACCUCCUGAAGAAUUGCUCACAUAUGAAGAAUUCCACCCAUUCCUUUUUGCACAACAUGCAAAGAGCCACUAUGUUGAAUUUGAUACAUUUGACAAGGCGGUGGAUGAGUUCUAUUCCAAGAUGGAGAGUCAGAGAAUUGACGUGAAGGCCCUACAGCAAGAAAAACAGGCCCUGAAGAAGCUGGACAACGUCAAGAGGGACCAUGAGCAGAGGCUGGACGCACUGCACCAACUUCAGGAGGUUGACAGGUUAAAGGGUGAGCUGGUGGAGAUGAACUUGGCCAUAGUGGACAGGGCUCUGCAGGUGGUGCGCAGUGCCCUGGCCAACCAGGUGGACUGGGCAGAGAUUGGCCUGAUCGUCAAGGAGGCCCAGGCGGCCGGAGACCCAGUGGCCUGCGCCAUCAAGGAGCUGAAGCUCCAGACCAACCACAUCACCAUGCUUCUGAAGAACCCGUACGCUGUUCUGGAGGACGGGGAGGAGGAGGAGGAGACCGUAGCCCAGGUGGUGGAGGAAAAGAAGGGGAAGAGGAACAAGAACCGAGGCCAGAAGGGCCAACCGAAGAAGGACCAGCCCAUGCUGGUUGAUGUAGACCUCAGCUUGUCCGCCUACGCCAACGCCAAAAAGUAUUACGACCACAAGCGCACUGCUGCUAAGAAAGAACAGAAAACCGUGGAGGCUGCCCAGAAGGCGUUUAAAUCUGCAGAGAAGAAGACCAAACAAACCCUGAAGGAGGUGCAAACGGUUACCACGAUUCAGAAGGCCAGGAAGGUCUACUGGUUUGAAAAGUUCCUGUGGUUCAUCAGCUCAGAAAAUUACCUAAUCAUCGCAGGCCGCGACCAGCAACAGAACGAAAUCAUCGUGAAGCGCUACUUGAGGGCCGGUGAUAUCUACGUCCAUGCUGACCUACAUGGAGCAACCAGUUGUGUCAUCAAGAACCCGUCUGGUGUGCCCGUUCCUCCGCGCACCCUGACCGAGGCCGGCACCAUGGCUGUGUGCUACAGCGCCGCCUGGGACGCCAAGGUCAUCACCAGCGCCUGGUGGGUCCACCACCACCAGGUGACCAAGACGGCCCCCACCGGAGAGUACCUGACCACCGGGAGUUUCAUGAUCCGCGGGAAGAAAAACUUUCUGCCUCCCUCUUAUUUGAUGAUGGGUUUCAGCUUUCUCUUCAAGGUGGAUGAGCAGUGUGUUUUUAGACACAGGGGUGAAAGGAAAGUGAAGACCAUUGAUGAGGACAUGGAGGGAGUGACAUCCAGCACAGCAGACCUGCUGGAGGACGGAGAGGAGCUUAUAGGAGAUGACAGUAGUAACGAGGGAGAGGGGGAAGACGGAGGAGAUGGAAAGAAAAAUGGAAAAGCGGAGGAAGAAACAGGAGGGACAGAGGAUGAAGAGGGGGCAGAAGAGGAGGCUGGAGAUACUAAAGGACUUGACACUGGAGAGGGGGAUGAAGGAGAGGGGGAUGAGGCAGAGGUGAAGAGUGAUAAGGAGAGUGCUGAGUUCAGUUUUCCAGACACCACCAUCUCCCUUUCCCAUCUGCAGUCCUCCAGGGAAAACCAAAGUGCUGGUUUCAAACCAAAGGUGUCCAUUCAGGUUACUGUAGGGGAGCAAAAAGCUGGAAAACACAUGACAGCCAAGCAACGGCGGGAGGAGAAGAAGAAGAAGGGGAAAGCUUCUGAAAUUCAGGAAGAAGAGGGGGGACAGAUAGAGGCACAUAAUGCCCCCGCAGCCAAUCAAGAGGCCAAGAGUGGAGGAGGGGGAGGAGCCUCUCAGCCUCCACUGAAGAGACAUCAAAAGAACAAGCUGAAGAAAAUCAAAGAGAAGUAUAAAGACCAGGAUGAAGAAGACCGCGAACUGAUGAUGAAAUUAUUGGGGUCUGCCGGCGCCGCUAAGGAAGAGAAACCCAAGAAAGGCAAGAAAGGAAAACUCCAAGAUGAACAUGCCAGGAAAGCCCAGCAGAAGCAAGGUCCAAGACCCCGUCCACAGGAGGUCAUCCUUAAGAGAUCAGAAGGAGACGAGGAGGCGCUGGCUGGGGAGGAGGCCUCCCCAGAACUGGACGACAAGGAAGGCGAAGACCAGGACCAAGACAACCCUGGAGCAGAGGAAGCGGAGAACCUGCUGAACUCUCUAACGGGCCAGCCACACCCAGAGGAUGUGCUCCUGUUUGCUGUGCCAGUCUGUGCCCCCUACACGGCCCUCACUAACUACAAGCACAAAGUGAAACUGACCCCGGGAACACAGAAGAAAGGAAAAGCUGCCCGAACUGCAGUGUUCAGCUUCAUGAAGGCCAGGGAUGCCUCGACCAGGGAGAAAGACCUGUUUCGCAGUGUCAAGGAUACGGAUUUAUCAAGAAACAUCCCGGGCAAAGUAAAAGUAUCAGCACCUAACCUGCUGGCAGCAAAGAAGAAAUAGACCUUUUCCCCAAAUUCAUCAUGAUCUCUUCUCACCGCGAUGUUACUGUGAUUUAAAGGGAAAAUCAGAGACUAAUGUACCAGUCCUAUUCAUUACAAGGAUUACACGGACUACAUUUAUGCCUUUAAUUG